UCAUGUUUGUUCCACAUCAUGGCUCAUAAUAGUACUCUUUUUCUUCAUAAAUUGGACGAUGUGUUCACAGUGUCUGCCGACUUUUUCACUUUAGCUUGCUUUGGUGUGUUCACAGUUCUGAUAGGGUAUGAUAUAUGGCGGGCAUUCAAAAAACGGGCGACUUGGUUGCCAGGCUAUUUGCUGCCUGGAAUGGCUGCUCCAAGUGUCAGAGCUUUUCUGGCAUUAGCAAUAACCAUAUGUGCCCAACUUGGUUCUGAACUGCUCCUCUUUCGACACUUGGAAGAUCCAGACUACAACGAUGAGAUGAGAUGGUCAAAAAUUGCAAACCUCAUUUUAUUCAUAUGUAUUGUAGUCCUUGGUUUGAUGUUAUGUUGUACGAUUUUAGCAAGUAAAACCAUUCAAAGCCUUCUGAGGCAAAGAAUUUCUGCAUUUCUCUCCAUCACUGAAGAGGGUGAGUUUCAAUUCUCAAAUGAGAGGAUGAUGUCAAAUUCUUGGUAUGAUUUUGGGGAUGAAGUACUCAUGUCAUGGUUUGUUGCUCGUGCAUGCCAAGCUGAUUAUGUGAUAUCCCGGUCAGUUUUCAGUUCAGCAGUAGGGAUAGUCGUCACGAUUUCUCUCACAGUCUGCCUCUUGUCUAACACAUCGUUUAACAAACAUUUUUCUUUUCGAGAAUUUUAUCCUGAUGAUAUUGGUAUAGCUGGUCUGCUGUUUAGUUUCAUCAUAAUAGGAUGGCUUGUCAUUUUCUGGAGAUGGUUGUCUGCCCAAUUGUAUUUUCGUCUGCACAAACACAGUUGGAGAAAGCGUCUUUGCCUGGAAGAAUUCUGGACGAGUCAUACUGUUGAGUUGAUUGGCAUGUACGAUUUAAAAGGAGAUCGACAGCGGUUCCUAGAUGGUGAAAGAGAUCGACAAAGGCUCCUGUGUGACAAAAAAUCAAGCUCAAAUAUGCCCAGGUUGAGCAAGUUGGAGAACUUGCCCACAAAGAUAUUUACCAAAGUCAGGUUGCACAAGUUGUUAUAUAUAGUGUUGAUGCUUCAGAUAAGUGUGGUCUUUUUCAGCAAGGUUUGUGGACUUCUCUCAGAUGUUAUUGUAGGUAAAUUUUUAUAUUGUUGUCGUAAACACAUGAGGAAGCGAGACCAAGUUAAAUCACCUGAAAAAUAUGCAAGAAUUUUGAAAUGUAUAUGUAUGCCCGGAGAAGAUCCUUCUGUUUUGUGGGAAGCCAACGAAAUGUCUUUUAAUAAGGCAAAGCGUCUGAUGGACGAAGAUUGUGAGAAGAGCAAAUCGAUUUUUCACCUAUGUUCUCCGCAAUGGGCAGAGGAUGGGAGAGAACUUCUAAAUAAGCUUAGAAAAAAAGCACCUCCUUUAGUUUUAGAGUAUUUCCCAAGUGCAGAAAAACAAUGUGUGAAGAUGACAGUAGUGUCGCUCCUCGCUAUCUUCAUUCGACUAGACAAGGCCAAGUCAGAUCCUUUGAUGAAAGCUUGUCGUCAAGUAUGGGACUUGUUAACCUUCGCAGACGAGUGUGAUAUUGAUCUUCAGGUCAAUAAAAUAAACCUCCUUGAUGAUAUGAGCAGAGACAAUGAUCAAGUUUGCAUGGCUGCAGAUAGAGAGUUCUACAAGCUACAAAUGGAAUACGACAAACUUUCUCCUGAUUGUCAAGACGCGCAUACAUUUCUACGCGAUCAAUUAGGGAAAUGUGAGGAGUCGCUCAAAAGGGAAAAUCUACUAGAAGACUGCAAGGAGGAAGAUUUAAGUGAUUCCAAGGACUGGCUGAAAAUAGCACCCUGCUACGCCCUCUACAAACUAUGCAGUGUAAUGUUGGAGGAAGUGGAAAAUGAUUCUGUUUCUGAAGAUUUUGUGGCAUGGACAGAAGCAUCCUUGAGAAAUAUUAUUUCUUGUUGUGUGGCAAAGCUACCUGAUAUGCUUGUAAAGCAAUGUUGGAAAUGGGCACAGGAAUUUGAGGAAGACAAGUUAUGGGAAGCAAUUCAUCUGGCAGGCAAAUGCAGAGGAAUGAUGGAGGCAUGGGGCCUGCAACCAAAGCCGACAGUGAAUACCACACAGCAAUGGACAAUUGAAGUCGAGGAGUCGCCCAGCCAAGGAGAACACACUGAGUAACACAGACCAAUGCAUAAUUGAACUCCAGGAUUCUUUGUCCAGUCGAGUAGUCUUUGAUUUUUAAUUGUCUUUUUAACCUUUAUUUAGCUUUCAUAUGUGUGAUGGGUUGUCUUAAAUUCGAGUGGUUUGCUUUAUUGAUAAGUUUGUAUUGAAGUCGGUUGUUUCCAUAAGAGUACCUUCUUAAACUCUAUUCCCAUAGAUCUCGUCGUUCAGUAAAGCAGCUUUGUGUGGUAUUUAAGGACAAAUAAUGUGUCGAUGUUGAAUAUUUGUACAAGAUUUGUAGACUGCAUGUGGAAGCAUUCAAAGAGCUCAACUGAUGAUGUAAAGCUUGGCUGUCUAUCUGCUUCUCUUGAAUUAAUAUGCUUGAAGGUUUAUUUUCA